AUGGCUUCAUGGCAGGGAGGCACUCGCGUUCUGCGGGGUAGCACGUGGUCUCGAAAACAUGUCCGUUUCAGCACUUCUUCACGUCGACUCUCGUAUGCCGAUACUGUAGCGAAUCUGAAGAUCGGGACGCAUACGCGGGUGAUAUUUCAAGGUUUCACAGGACGUCAAGCAACUGCAAAUGCAAAGGAAUCAAUAGCAUGGGGUACCAAUAUUGUAGGAGGGGUCACUCCUGGAAAGAAUGGCGAGCAUCUAGGACUUCCUGUGCUGUCCACUGUCCGUGAGGCGAUGGAGAAGCUGAGACCAGACGCAACGGGGAUUUACGUAGCAGCCCACCAGGCUCCCGCGGCCAUAGAAGAAGCCAUUGAGGCUGAGGUUCCGCUUGUCAUCGCAGUUGCUGAACACAUACCAAUCCACGAUAUCAUGCGAAUACAUUCAAUGUUAAAGACCCAAUCGAAGUCAAGAUUCGUUGGUGCAAAUGCUCCCGGCAUUAUAUCAGCAAUUGGAAAAUGUCGGAUUGGAUUUCAACCCCUACCUUGUUUCAUGCCUGGUCGAAUUGGCAUCAUUGCAAAGUCUGGCACAUUGAGCUAUGAAGCUGUUGCAUCAACCACUCGUUCUGGGCUUGGACAGAGUCUCUGCAUUGGGAUGGGAGGUGAUGUCCUUGCUGGAACCAAUUUCGUAGAUGCUCUGAAAAUCUUCGAACACGAUGAUGACACAGAGGGUAUCAUCCUCAUUGGGGAGAUUGGUGGUGAGGCAGAGCUUGAUGCUGCGGAAUGGAUUCGAGAGUACAGAAAGCGAACACCAAAUCCCAAGCCUAUCUCGGCUCUGAUUGCUGGUGUUCAUGCUGCGCCUGGAAGGGUCAUGGGUCACGCAGGUGCUUUUACCUUACCAGGGGAGUCCGAUGCCCCAAGAAAGAUCAAGCACCUGCAGGAUGCUGGGGUAAUCAUGGUCAACCACCCAUCUAAGCUGGGAGACUCCAUGAAAUCCUUGCUUGGAAGCUCGGGACGGGCUAGUAGUGGACCAGGGGUCUCUCAACGAAGAGGCAUUCACACAUUGCGAAGAGUACAACUCCAGAAUACAAUCCGAUGGUCCCAUGCCGAGCAACGUCGAAACCUAUAUAUUCAUGAGGAUCAAGCCCUGGACCUCCUUCGAGAGCGGGGUAUCAACGCAUCCGUCUAUUCUGGGAGAGGUCGAAAACGUAUGUUAGGCGUCGCUGUCGACCGAGCAAAUCUUUCGCCCUGCGUUAUUGCUUCACCAGCAACUGACCCCGACCAACCGCACAUCGAGGUCAAAAAAUUUCCGUUUGAUUAUAGAAAAGGUCUUGAUCCGAUUCGAGUUGCUGCAAUCGCUCAGCAUCUGCAACUUGGUGAAUCGUCGAAGGACUCCCUGCCGAAGCUCAUCGAUGCUUUGAUUGACCUCUACAUGAAGAAGGAGGCAUUCCAACUAGAGACAAUGUUCGUGGAACGUUUAGGCGAGCUCAAAGUAGUCGGGGCGAAUUUUGGUUUUGACGAUGCAGCUUUUCGAAGUACUAAACGACAGCAAGACGUUCAUGCUCUGCGCAGAAUCAAGGAUGAAGAUCCUCAAGAAGUAGAGGCUGAGAAAGAUGGCAUUGUAUACAUCAAGCUUGCUGGGGAUGGGAAUAUAGGAACCCUGGUCAAUGGAGCUGGGCUUGCGAUGAACACUGUCGAUGCAUUGGCAGAUGCUGGUGGUAAGGCUGCGAACUUUCUAGAUACAGGGGGCAAAGCUACAAGUGAGACGGUCAAGAAGAGUUUCCAGGUGAUCUUGCAAGAUCCGAGGGUGAAAGUCAUAUUUGUGAACAUCUUUGGAGGCUUGACCCUAGGUGACAUGAUUGCCAAUGGGAUCCUGCUAGCUUUCAAAGAGCUUGAGAUGAGACUUCCAGUCGUUGUUAGGAUUCGUGGAACGAACGAAGAGGAAGGUCAAAAGAUCAUUGCUAAUAGUGGAUUACCAUUGCAUGCUUUCGAUGACUUCGAAGAAGCGGCCGCCAAGACUAUCGAAUUAGCGAAUCAGGGAUAG